AUGCCCGUCACCCACACAGCAAGAAGCAAGAACGAUAGGAAGAAAGCAAGUAAGAAUAAGGGCAAUAAGGCGAAAAAAUCUCCCAAGUCGAAAUCAAAGAGCAAAUCGCUAACGAUGAAAAAGACGAAGAAUUCACCAACUGCCAGCACAUCCAAAAACAAGAGUGUCUCACCGCAAAAAUUUGCUCAACCGAUGAAGUCGUUAGGAAAGAAGAGGAAGGAACCGUCGAAAAAGGCAAGCACCACGAAAUCAUUCUAUACCAAAAGCGAGCAGCUGGUUAAGAAAAAGAGCGCGAUUCGAAAAAAAUCGUCAGGAACACCAACAUCUAAACAGAAGAAAAAAAGUAAGUCGCCAACGUGGAUGCGCGGUAAACACUCAAAACGUUCCGCAGCAUCUGGCACGAGGAGCACAAAGAGUUCAUCCCUCAUCGAAGCUCUAAAACGAGGUGACACAAUGAAGAAAAGUUCACCAAAAGUUGGCUCGAAGAAAAAUAACUCGAAGUCGAACAAGAAGAGCACAUCACUUUCAGAGGCUACUAAGAGUCCCUCUGAAAACCAGCCCGCAACAAAUGAGCUGAAAAUAGACAAUUUAGAGGAUAAAAAGGGCAAGAAAACCCCGAAGGAAAGUCAGUCACACCAGAAAGUGUUGGAGAAUAAACCAACACACAAGGAACAACAUACAGAAGAGAAAAAACCUGCCCAGUCGAGUAAUAAGCCGAUGAAUGAGAGUGAAGCCCAGAGACUAGUUACAAUACCGCAAGAGUUUGAGUCAAAGCAAAAGGAGCAAAAGGAUCCAAAGCGUGAGAAUAAAGCCGGCUUGAUGGGCAGUGGGUCGCAUGAGAAUGAGUUGAAUCCAACAGAUCUAAACGUUCCGAAUAACGUCACAUCAAAUCAGCUGUUUGACAGAGGAGUGCUUUAUGAGAAUCCACCUAUCACUACGCUGGGCAGGUACAGCACCGUGCUAGCGGCACGUGCAAUGAAUAACCGUGGCAUUUUACCAAAAUUUAUCAUCUGCUCGCCGACACUCCGUGCCAUCCAAACUGGUGAAGAAUUGGCAAAAUUUCUAAAAGCAAAACUGGCAAUCGAACCCGGUUUGGUUGAGCCUCUUGCCUGGUAUCGUAAGCCUGGAAAGGAGAACUUGGACUUCAGAAUUGAAGAAUUAGCAAAGCACUAUGUAUUUGACACUAAAGACUAGUCGUACUCUUCACAUCGUGUCCGCUUCAUUCUGAUCGGUUUUUUCAGUCAAUCAACCAUAUCAUUGGAAUCGAUCAUGAAACUCUAUGCUACUGAAUCCGAAGCGCAAGGUCUAAGUAGAGUUGACUUUGUGUUGCGCACUUUGGCUGGUGGACAACGGAAACAUCCGGUAAUUAUAGUAGCACAUGCAGUCACUCUCGCAGUAGCAACCGCAAUAGCGUAUCCACAAGGUCAUUAUAAAACCACGGCCGACGGUUCGCCACCACAAAUCACCUCAUUCGAUCAUCAAACGAGUGCGCUUCCGUUGGAUUGCGGUGUCAUCGACCGAGUUAACCUAGGCUUACGGUUAGUGCUACAAGUCAAUAUGCAAAAAUAUUAUCCCGAUUGA